CUCACUUUCUCAGUGUUUGUAUGAGCCGCCUGCCUGCUGCUCGUCUGGCUGACGGUCUGACGUCAGCGUCGUGGUGAUUUGCUGAGGCGAGAGAAGAAAGGAGUUAGUGCGUGUUGAGAGAGCGGGUACUGCGAACUGCCUUACUAUGCUGUAGCCCCCGAUCCCCCCAAACACUAGACGGAAUCAAAGCGUGCAACUUAGGUUUCAUCUUGUACAAAGAUAUCCAACACCACUGGGAAGCCUCAUGAGUCGGCGUCGUGAAGUUCAACACAAUGGAUUUAACUAAAAUGGGCAUGAUCCAACUCCAGAACCCCAACCAUCCCACUUCCCUGCUACACAAGGCCAAUCAAAUGCGCCUGGCCGGGACUCUGUGUGAUGUGGUCAUCAUGGUGGACAGCCAGGAGUUCCACGCUCACCGGACUGUGCUAGCGUGCACCAGCAAGAUGUUUGAGAUUCUUUUCCAUCGCAGCAGCCAGCACUACACGUUGGACUUUCUGUCACCAAAGACGUUUCAGCAGAUUUUGGAGUACGCCUAUACUGCCACGCUCCAGGCCAAGGUGGAGGAUCUGGAUGACCUGCUGUAUGCAGCAGAGAUCCUGGAGAUCGAGUAUCUGGAGGAGCAAUGCCUCAAGAUCCUGGAGACCAUUCAGUCUUCGGAUGAGAACGACGUGGAGGCCAAUGCGAAUGACGGUAGCACGGAGGAAGACGAGGAUCGCAAAGGCCAGAAUGGAGCUAAGAACUCCAAAAAGCAUUCCAUGGAUAGUCUCUAUCUAUCAGGUUCCCAGCAAGGCUCCAACCUGGCUGGCGGGGUGGACCAGAGUCCUUCCGUGUCCACCUCUUUCGGAGUCUCCGCUCUCAGUCCCACCAAAGCUGCUGUGGACAGUCUGAUGAGCAUCGGUCAGAGUCUGCUCCAGCAGGGGUUUGCGAGUGAGCAACUGGUCCACGGCAACUCCCACCACUUGAUGACAGAGAUCAAGACUGAGAUGAUGCAAGUGGACGUGGGAGGAAACGGUCACGACAGCCCUCAGAACAUGGAGUCCGGCGGCUUCAGCAACGGAGAGCGGAGCGGCGAGGACAAGAACCGAGACGGUCCGGGGACGCCGACCAGGAGCAGCGUCAUCACCAGCGCCCGCGAGCUGCAUUACGUUCGAGACGAUGGCAUGGGAGAAGCUCAAGGGGAAGUCAGCCAGAUGGGCUUGGAGGCCAUGACCGGAAUGACGGAGAAGCAUCUGGCCUCGCUUUACUCUCUUCCCGUCAAUCACAAAUCAGACACCAUCAUGUCCAUGCCGGUGUCCAUGGGCUCUGCUCUCCCCAUGUCCCCCGCUCUGGCUAUGUCAAUGGACUUCAGUGCCUACGGGGGACUCCUGCCACAGAGCUUCAUUCAGCGAGAGUUCUUCAACAAGCUUGGCGAGCUGGCGGCGGGCAUGAAACCAGACGUCAGGAACCAGCAUGAGCGCUGCAACGUGUGCGGUGCAGAACUCCCCGACAAUGAAGCUGUGGAGCAGCACAGGAAGAUUCACAGUGGAAUGAAGACCUACAGCUGUGAGUUGUGUGGGAAGAGCUUCCUGGACAGUCUCCGUCUACGCAUGCAUUUGCUGUCGCAUUCAGCUGGAGAGAAGGCCAUCGUAUGUGACCAGUGUGGCGCCCAGUUCCAGACAGAGGAAUCCCUGGAGGCUCACCGGCAGAUCCACACCGGCUCCGACAUGGCCAUCUUCUGCCUGCUCUGCGGGAAGCGCUUCCAGACCCAAACGGCUCUGCAGCAGCACAUGGAGGUCCACGCCGGCGUGCGCAGCUACAUAUGCAGCGAGUGCAACAGGACCUUCCCGAGCCAUACUGCACUCAAGCGCCACCUCCGCUCACACACAGCAGGGGACCAUCCGUAUGAGUGCGAGUUCUGCGGGAGCUGCUUCCGGGAUGAGAGCACGCUGAAGGGCCACAAGCGCAUCCACACUGGGGAGAAGCCCUAUGAAUGUAAUGGCUGCGGGAAGAAGUUCAGCCUCAAGCACCAGCUGGAGACCCACUACCGCGUGCACACAGGUGAGAAGCCAUUCGAGUGCAAGCUGUGCCACCAGCGAUCCAGGGACUACUCUGCUAUGAUCAAGCACCUGCGCACCCACAACGGAGCCUCACCCUACCAAUGCACCAUCUGCCUGGAGUACUGCCCCAGUCUGUCAGCCAUGCAGAAGCACAUGAAGGGCCACAAGCCUGAAGACGUCCCGCCAGACUGGCGCAUAGAGAAGACCUACCUGUACCUCUGCUACGUCUGAGCGCAAACAGAGCCGAGGGGGAAAGGGGCGGGUAGAGGGGGUGAGGAGAAUGUAAUGGAGUGAAUAAGGGGGAUUGAGGAAGUGGAGGAGAGCAGUCGAUAAAGGAAUGUCAAUAACAAGAGACUCAAACGCAAGAAGGUUUGUGUUUAUUUCAUGCAAAGGCGGCGACAACCGACGGAGUUUGGAAAAAAAAAAUUACAAAAAUGGACACGGAGGAGAUUCUCUGUCUUUGUUCGGAUUCACCGGGUCAAUCACUACAUCCGCAUCAAAUUCAGGUCAUUUCAUGCGAAACUAUGAGGCAAGUUUGCAGGGAAGUGACUGUUGGAUGCUGCUGAUGGUGGUGGAGGGCGGGUUCUUAAGGGCUGUCGGAAUAUGAGGACCUCUCGGCAGCGAUACAGGAAGUUGCUGAAACUUCACCAACUGAUAUUUUAGGCAGCAGCGUUGGAUGCUGGCCAUCUUUUUAAAAUGGUUGGGAGCCAGUUUUUUUUUUUUGUUAUUGAUUGGUCAUACUUUAUUUUGGGACAAAAGAAUUGCGUAGUGUUUCUGAGGAACCAUUUGAACUUUUAGUUUAGUAUAACUAGCUGCACCCUUCAUAAAACUACAAUUUCUGAAGCAUCAAUAUGUUUUUUUUCGGUAUUUCCACGCCGCCCACUCGGUCACAGCGACGACAGCCCUUAAGAAUCCGGAUCCUGAGCUUUUGAAUGCUCUUAUGCAGUAGAUAAAACUGGACAGAGUUGGGCACGAAAACUCUGCCGGGGUCGGAUGGGGGGGUAUUACUGCUGCUUUUCAACGUCUCCCCAGUUUUCUCAGUAGUCUUCCUGGUUCUGUGUUGGCGGAUCAUUCGAGGCACCAUUGGCGUCAACUGUGCGUUUUGUUCUCUCAGAUUAUAUUUUUCUUUUCAGCUCAGCGUUAUUGUUUAUCAUGGCUUCAUUGCACGGAUAAAACAAAUCACGACAACAGUCUCUGUUAGACACGGUAUAUAAUCACAAGUCAUAACUCACUCUGAAACAUAUGCUUCUCUGCUCCGCAUACCCGGACCGUCCUUAUCUUUUAUUUGUAACCACAGUUUUAUAAUCGCACACUAACACUGCAACUGACACGACUCUUUGGAUCGCAUCAUUCAAUUCAUCCAAACAUGGGGAGGUUUGUCUGAUAUCGGCUGGAUAUCGGUAGCUUCGGGUGCGAAUGUGAGGAAAGCCUUGGCUGUGCUGGAAAUAUUCACGAGAAGACGGUGAGGCAGGUUCAACUGUCAUAUGUGAAACAAAUGAAUGUGAAAGGAGGAUAAAACCGCUAUUCGUCUCAAGUCGCAACCUGCUUGAAAGUAAUGAUUGAGAACUAGCGAAGCUGCCCGUCACUGUGUCACACAUAUCUAAGCUUUUUUUUUCCCGCAGUUUCGGGGGCAAAACAAGAAUGAACAAAUCAACUUUUUUUGUCUCUUGGCUUCAUCUCUCCUGUUGCUGUUGCUUAUUAUUAUUGACCUUGAGUGUGAGCUCAACACAUCGUACUUGAAUUACCUCGUUUUUUUUUCGUGACCUCAUGUUUGCUUGUGUAAUUUUUAAUUAUCCCUUUUGUCUCAUGUUCUUGAGUGUGUCGGAAAAGAUGCAUUGCACAGUGAGAUGAAGCAAUGUGUACGCAGAGAAAAAAAAAAAGUGCCACAGUCGAAGAGAUUUAUGUUUUCUCUAAAUGUCGUGAAUUUCUUUUUCGUGCAUUAUUUGUUACCAAACUUGGUAUUAAUAACUGCGCUUGCUAAGGAGCCGUACAGUUUGGUCAUAUUGUUGUAAAAGCUACCUCUAAGUUGUUGUUUUAUUUUAGGUGUUUUAUGUUGUUGCUGCGUCAUCAUCUCGUGCAUAUUUUUGUUUUGCAGAAAAGUUGAUUUAUGAUUGUGUCGUGGAGCAAAAAGCAGCGGACGAUAAAUUGAUCCUUCUCUUAAAGUCUCCCCGUGAAACUCCGAUCCACAAACAAGACCAAUUUUAAACGCAGUUUUGAAGCCUUAAGCGGAGAGCGUCGUGGAAGGAAGGAAGGAAGCACUGUUGCGUUUUGUAAGAGGGUUUAAACAGGAGAAUUUAAACUUGAAAAUAUGUGAAUAGAGUUGUAGUUUUGUAAUUUGAAUAAUUAAAAAAAAAAAGAUGGUUCGUUAAAAAAACGCAGAACCCCAAGACCUUUUUUUUUGUUUUUGUUUUUUUUGCAGAGUGCGAUGGACAAUUGGAACUGCAAGUGUUAAUCACAAAUUAAAAAGAAAAAAAAAAUGAAGAUUCUCUUCAAGAAAUCCUGAACAAAAGCCAACCAUGGCAGUUUGAUAUAUAAAAAUUGUGAUAUUUUUGUAUUCAGUGUCAGUCCUUUUUCCAUUUGUGGAGGGUUAAAGCAGGGCACAACUGUUUGUAUUUCUUUUUUUUUAUUAUUAUUAUUAUUACCUGUAAUUUUUCUUUGGGUGUGAAUCGUUUUUUCGCCUUGCUCCUCUUUGAUAUUGUUGGACAAAAUAAUGUGUGUGUUGUAAUACUAAGUGUUGCUUUCUGGAUGUCAAAUGCAUUAUAGGUGAAGGACUAAAUCUAUCCCGCCACAUCUUUUUUCAACUCUCCGUUUGUGAGCGUGUGUGUGUGACAAUUUAAAAAAAAAAAAAAAAAAAAAAGAUGAUAAAACAUGGGACGGCAGAAGGAAGCUGUCGAACUUGCUAGUACUUGUCAUUCACUUUUUUCAAUCAAACUUGACUGUCGACAUUAUUUUUUUUUUUUUGGUUUUCGUACUUGAAAAAAGAAGGGAUGGCAUGUCCCGUGGUGUCUUGCCAUUUUAUUCUCAAAACACUGUGAGCUGAGGGGGCUUUUUUUCCCCACCCUCGUGUUAUAUCCACCCACUAUAAUAAACCCAACGCAGCUCCGUCUGUACCACCACAAUGCAAGACCUGAUCAGUCACCUUUGAUUCCUAUCAUCGUCCUCUGAAUGUUUUCUACUAUUGCGGGUGUACGAGUGCGUCAAAGCGUGUGUAACUAUGCGUGUGUGUUUGGGUAUUAUUGGGGAAAAUGCACUAAUCAGAUCAGAAAAUAAAAUUAUAUUCUAUGCCACUGUUUUUUCUCUAUGUUGGAAAAAAAAGAUAUAUAUAUACAUUGGCAUUGAUAUAGUUCUUCCCUCAGUGUUCUCCGAUGUUUCUGUACUAUCUUUGUGCCUAAAAAUGGAAGUUGUUCAAAAAUAUCCAUCUAUAUCUGCUUAGUUUUCUGUAUUUUCAGAAGAUGAUUAAAAUAUGGUGUCUUUAGCACACUAGGGAUGUCAUGACGCUCAGUUCCUUUUGUUUUUUUAAAUGAAUAUAGCAGUACUUCCUUUUCUGCAAUAAACCCUUGAAGCUAUUCAGAUAGCAGCCAAGAUUCUGUGUUCUGCGGGAUCCUGACAUUGGCGGUAAUUUGGUAACAUUUCUGGAAUCCAGACGAGCUGCAGUAGAAGUAAAAAAAAAAAUUUGAAGAUUUUUUUUGGGGGGGGGUCGGGGGUUGUUUUUGUCAGCAACAGGUUUGCUGCUGAGAACUUUCUACUUCAGAAAUCCUUUUGAAUUGAAAACCUUCAUAUCGUAGGUUUAGCACUGGGGGAGCGCCCUUCUGCUUUUUUGUCAUUUUAUAAAGUACUUUUCUUUUUCUUAAAUGAAUAGCAUUUGGAAGGGGAUGCUAAAUUGAUGAGAGAGGAAUCAUGGCAUCCCUGGAGCUGGCACUCUGUGUUUCGGUGUGGUGUUUCUAGAACAAAGUAGCCAUUUCAUGCAGUGUUUUCCAACGCAUGUGCCAUCGAGGUCGAGACUAAAAAACUGUUUUCAGUAAUAAAGCACCAAGACGUUGUAUUUUUUAUAUUAGCACUGAGGACCAAUCGCUCUGUCGGACCAAGCAUAACAAAGCAUUUUUAUGUAACAAAGCUUUUUCUCUUGUCUUUUCCCUGGCGUGUCUGUGCUACUCUCCCCUCCAUUGUCGUGACAGCACAAGUGCCAGUCCAGUCGCUCUGUAUUGAGAAAAUAGUGUUGUAUUUUUUUUAUAUUAUAAUUUGAAUUGUUAUAGUUUUUGUCUACCUCAGCACCUAAUCUUAGCCUAAUCUUAGAAGGUGCCCAAUUAUUAUUUUUUAUUUUUGUUCUCUUAUUGUUAUAUGACUUUUAAAAAAGAUAAAUUUGCAUUAGAGCUUUGCAAAGGUCCUUUGUCUUUUCCAGCGACAUUGUGCGAUUAUUUUUCCUGUGGCGUUUCCUGUUGAGCUGUGCCACCAAUCUAUAGCCACCGUCUGUUGAUAAUAGAGGUUGUUCCUUUUUAUUUUUGUUUUUUUUUUGUUUUGUUUUUUUUUGUUUGUUCCCAUGUAGAAUCAGACGCAUCUCUUUGUAACAUUUCAGUGUUCUCUGAUGGAGUGUGAAAAAAAUAAAAAUAAAAGAAUUAAUGCUG